AUGAUUGUGAGAAGGAUCCAUUUGCUUGUUCAAAUCGUCAGUUUAGGAUUGGUGAUAAAUGUAAGCAAAUUUUCACUAAAUAUAGCAGUUUGUUUUAAAAAUUAUAGCUUUGUUAAUAAAUAUAACAAAAGUAGUAUAAGUUUGUGUGAAUACACGUCUUCCUAUGAUUUUAGCAACAAAAUUAGAGAUUACACACUAUAUUCUAAUUUCACCGAAAGAAAUCAUGGAUUUCAUCAAAAAUGUACAGUAUACAAAAAAGAUUAUAUUGUAGAGAGAAUAAAGCAUUUGUUUUCACAACUAGGUCACAUCAAUAGCUCCAUUGAGUUUGGAAGUAUACCUAGGCUGGAUUAUAACAGAGAUUCCAUAGUUCAAACAUAUGAACUGUCUAGAGAAAUCGAUUCUAGAGUCCAUAAAAACGACUAUUCGGACUUAAGCGGUGAAUAUUUCUUGAGAUUCCAAGGAGAUGACGAAGAUGAGUUGGCGGUGAUGUGUAGAUCCAAUAUUGAUAAGGGAGUUGAGUUAAUUAGGGUACCCUUAGACAUGUGUUAUUCAGUAGACUCGUGUGUUGCCUCAUUAUUGGAAGGUAUUAAACUGACGGAUGCUGGUUCCAUGACUAUGAAACAUGAAAAUGUCUUGCACAUUAAGAGGCUUCAGGAAUUAUCGACAGGUGUGUUGGCAAAAAGUCAAAGCAUUUCCACAUUUUUUGACAAUUUGUCUGCAAAUGGGAAAGAAGUAGAGGCUGAAUCGUUUGAAACUCGUCUGGAUGAGUACAUUAACUAUAAAAGACUGUUGGUGCUCAGGUCACUGGUGUUGGCUGACCAUAUACUAUCGGUGGAUAACGUGCUCAUCAAAGUUUUAGAUAAUCCUUACAUGAAAUAUCACACUAUAAAUGGCAGAGAAAAGGAGUUGUUCUUGCUGACAUUUGCACUCGCGUCAGAAUACUAUUUGAAAGUAGUAUCCUCAGUAAUUAAGUAUAUGAAGGAUGGUAGGGACUAUGAAGAGCCGGAUGGCGAGAAGGUUAGGACGUUGUGGCUACACCACUUGUAUAACAAGGAUGUUAGCCACAAUCCCAUGAUGUUUGACAGAGAAGCAGUGGAGCAGAUCCAGGAAAGGAUACUUGAGUAUAAGAUAUCGCAGAGGAAGAUGGUGUUGAAGGACAUGAUGGGACUGUUUAGUGACCCAGUAAACGUGAUCAGAGAAAGGUUGGAACACAUAGCACAGUCACGUUCAAUGAUGGAGGAUAGAUCGGAUGGGUUAUACUACACAGCAAAGGUGGAUUUGAAGACCAAUGUGGAAGACGUGUUAGAAAAAAUGGAACUGGAGCUAAACGAAAGGGAAAUGAAGCAUAGUAUGUUUUCAAAUAGUAUAUUUUCAGUCGGCGCUGGUGAAUUGUCCUAUAUACUUGGUAAGACUAGUAUGGCUGAUGGCCGUUCUGGCCUUGACCCGGAUCAUGAGGAGAAAAGACGGUGUGUAGACUUUUUCAAUGACUACAUUUUGAAUAGCCAAUCAGCUGAUAACAUAAUGAAAAGGCCAGUGGAAUCGUUAAUUUCGUCAUUGAAUUCGAUUGUGGACACUAGCUCAAUUAGUAAAUUCUUUUGUACAAUAGUAUCGCAUGCCUUAAGGCCAGGGGAGCGUGAAACGGACGUUAUGGAAGCGUCAUACAUGGCAGAUUCAGCACCCGGCAUACAAUGUAAACCAGAAGAUAGUAUUGUUGACAGUAAAGUUGUUGGUGACGGUAACGGUAGCAAGAGGUGUGGCAGAGCAUAUAUAGUUCCACUUAUUGACUUGUGCAACCACGGUGGAUCGAAGGCGAACUCACAGAUCUCAGUGAGCAUGUCUAGUGAGAAGCCAUCAUUUGUUUUAUCAAGUACCAGUGGCAUUGGCCCCGGAGAUGAGAUUUUAAUCAACUACGGCGACUUUGAUAACAACGUGUGUUUUUUGGACUAUGGAUUCGUGUCAGGUGACGAGGUCAACAACCACGUACUGAUGGAGAUUGAGGCAGAUACUAUAAAGGACGCUGCGAAGAUGCAUAACGCUCAGACGCUGCUGCCGUCACUGUUCCCAGAGGGCAUUCCGAGGGAGAAAGUCGACUUAAUAAAGUCGCUGAACCUGGUCGAAAUCAAUGACAAGGGGGACCUCGGAGUUGUCUAUAAAAACCCGUACUUUGAGGGGCUGCCAGUGGCCAAAUACAUGGAAUUUAAUCAGAGGUUUAUGUCAAACGCACCGGUGGCAGACGAGUCAAACAUGUACUACACAGCCAACUCUAAUCAGGACAGGACGAGGUUUGUGGACAGGCCCGUAUCAGUGGACGAUGGCGACUACUCACACUCAACUGUGAAUCCACUGAUAAGGGUGGACGCAAACGGCAUUCCAGAGAGCAGGCUGAUACUGUUUUUGAAGAUACUUCUCUGUAAGACGAGGAAGAAACUGGAUUGGAUGAGGACCCAGGGCUCGGAAAGGCUGUCCAGAUCCAUAAACUCGCCCAUUGAUCACAAGGCGUUUGAAAUGGCCUCGACCGUGGCUCUGAUGCAAAUUAGCGACAAGUACAGUCACUCACUAUUCGAGGACUACAAAAGGGCACUAAGUAACCGCAUGGGCGGUUUUUCAAGUGCACACAGCGUUGGUACUGUCGGUCGUACAAUUAAACCUGCUAGUGCAACUCGUACUAAGUUUAAGGACCUUAAGAGGACGGGGCGCGGAUUGGAAAACGCCCUGGUGCUCGCACACUCAAUGCGGCGGAAGAUUCCGAUUUACAAGUGCUCGGCCUUCUACUCAGGGAUUGCAAAGCAGAAGCACUGUGGAGAAUCACAACAGUACCAAUGCCAAUGGCGGUCCUUCGGAAUUGAGUUCGAUUAG